CGGGUACGAGCGGAAGCUGCGUUUGUUGUUCUUCCUUCUGUUUCCGAGACGUUCAGGGUCUGAACGGGUUCACCAGCCGCGUCUGCAUGUCUCUACCAAUUCACUCAACAAACCGUCUUCUACCGCCCACGAAUGAAGAUUAACAGGUAUGCCAAAGGAAAAAUAUGAUCCUCCAGAUCCCCGCAGAUGUUACACCAUCAUGUCAACCGAGGAGGCGGCCAAUGGGAAGAAGUCUCACUGGGCUGAGCUCGAGAUAUCUGGGCGGGUCAGGAAUCUGAGCAGCUCGUUAUGGACGUUAACCCACCUGACAGCACUGCACAUCAACGACAACAACCUGACCCGCAUCCCGCCGGACAUCGCCAAGCUGCCCAACCUGGUCUACCUGAACCUGUCGUCCAAUAAGCUCCGCAGCCUGCCCGCCGAACUGGGCAACAUGGUCUCUCUCAGGGAAUUGCUUUUAAACAACAAUCUUUUACGAGUUCUGCCUUAUGAACUUGGGAGGCUUUUCCAGUUACAAACCCUUGGGCUAAAAGGAAACCCUUUGUCCCAAGACAUCCUCAAUCUCUACCAGGAGCCGGACGGAACCAGAAAGCUUUUGAACUACAUGCUCGACAAUCUAGCAGUGCACCCGGAGCAGCUCCCCCAAAGACCUUGGAUCACUCUGAAAGAGCGAGACCAAAUGAUUCCCACAGCCACGUUCACAGUCAUGUGCUACAACGUGCUGUGUGACAAAUACGCCACGCGACAGCUGUAUGGCUACUGCCCAUCCUGGGCUCUCAACUGGGAAUACCGGAAGAAAGGCAUCAUGGAGGAGAUCACCAGCUGUGACGCUGACAUCAUCAGCCUGCAGGAGGUCGAGACGGAGCAGUACUACACCAUGUUUCUGGAAACACUAAAGGAACGCGGCUACGACGGCUACUUCUGUCCAAAGUCUCGUGCCAAACUGGUGUCAGAACAGGAGAGGAAACACGUGGACGGUUGCGCUGUGUUCUUUAAGACCGAGAAGUUUACGUUGGUCCAGAAACACACUGUGGAGUUCAACCAGGUGGCCAUGGCCAACUCUGAGGGGUCAGAGGUCAUGCUGAACAGAGUGAUGACCAAAGACAACAUCGGAGUGGCCGUUCUGCUCGAGGUCAACAAGGACAUGUUCUCCGGCGGCAUGAAGCCGCCGCUGGAGAGGCAGCUGGUCCUGGUGGCCAACGCCCACAUGCACUGGGACCCCGAGUACUCGGACGUCAAGUUGAUCCAAACCAUGAUGUUCCUGUCGGAGCUGAAGAGCAUCGCCGAGAGGGCCUCGGGCUCCAUGGCGACCGGCUCGCCGACCUCCGACCCAUCCUCCAUCCCCAUCGUCCUGUGUGCUGACCUCAACUCGCUGCCCGACUCCGGUGUGGUAGAAUACCUGAGCAACGGAGGAGUGGCCGAGAACCACAAGGACUUCAAGGAGCUGCGCUACAAUGAAUGUCUGACCAACUUCAGCUGCAACGGCAAGAACGGCAACUCAGACGGAAGCAUCACACACAGUUUCCAGCUGAAGAGCGCCUACGACAGCAAUCUGAUGCCUUACACCAACUACACAUAUGACUUCAAGGGCGUGAUCGACUACAUCUUCUUCUCCAAAACCCACAUGAGUGUCCUGGGCCUGCUGGGACCGCUGGACAGCCAGUGGCUCAUCGACAACAACAUCACCGGCUGCCCCCACCCCCACAUCCCCUCGGACCACUUCUCCCUGCUGGCCCAGCUGGAGCUGCACCCCCCUCUGCCCCACCCGCUCAACCCCCUCAACGGGCUGCACCUGCCGGUCCACAGGUAGUGCAGCCCGAUAGAGCCCCGCCCACCCUUUUUACCGCCCUCCUCUUCGCCUUUUUAAACACUCUCCUCCCUCCUCCCCCUCCCCCCUCCUCCUCCUCCUCCUCCUCCUCCUUCUCCAGCUUUAUACAGGACCCUGUACAGUUUACCGAUCAUGUUAAAACUCAG